GUUUCCUUGUCUACGGUUAGUAAACCAGCCAUAAUAAUGUAGACUGCAAAGAUACACCCUGGGAAGAAGAUAUGGUGAACUCUGAAAAAUAAUACAUAAGAAAGAACACUCUUGGUAGAAAGAAUGGCAGAUAAGUAAAAUGGACUCUUGGAUUCCUAAUCCCCGCGCUCAACCAUUUGUUCCCCGGAGAUACCAUGGGGGAGGGGGUUAUGCCUCAGGGAUUCACUUCUCCCAGAUCAGGUCCAGACGAUUUAUCACCAAAAUAUUCCAGGGGUUCCUGGUGAUAGUGUUGAUGGGGACAUUGAUGAUCAAUAUAAUGUUUAUAAUGGACACAAGCAAGAAACUCCAACAAGAUCCGCAGAAGGACUAUAGCACAGAUAUUCAGCAUGAGAUGCCAGAAGGAAUGGAGAAUUUGAACCAAGGGCCAAGGAGAAUUCUAGAAAAGCCAAAGACACUUGCAGUUGAAGUAGUAUCAAGCAGAAAUAAAGUGUCAGUUGGAGUAGAUGGUACAAUGAUUCUUGAAGAUGAUGAAGUUGAAAAGAAUCGUGGAAUCCACAUCCUGGUACUUCACCAAGGCACAGGAAGCGUCAUGGCCAAACGUUUGUUUGACACAUACUCGGCACAUGAAGAUGAGGCUAUGGUUCUCUUUUUGAAGAUGGUAUCAGACGGGAGAAUAAUUAUAUUCACUGUCAAGGAUGAAGGGUCCUUCCAGAUGAAGACCACUGCCAGAGAGUUGCUGAAAUCUCUGGGGAGUGAUAAGGCCCAGGUGAUUGGAUGGCGUGACAUGUGGGCCAUGGUCACCAUAAAAGGAGGUGCUAAACUGGGGGAGUCCCAUAGUAAAUCUGCAGAUUUGCAGAGCUGGGGUUCACCAAUAUUGCUCAAGGCUGACAUACCUCUCAGGCCAGUUGAAGAGACUGAGUGUGACUGGCCACAAUCCGAUGUUAAUGAGAGGAGACGUGCAUUCUGCAGUAAGAUAGAAGGUUAUGGCAGUGUAUGCAGCUGUAAAGACCCUGCUCCUCUUGAGUUCUUCCCUGCUCCACUGGCAGACAAUAGAGUGCAUGAUGUGCCUGUUGCAGUUAUAGCAAGUGACCGUCCACAUUAUUUAUACAGAAUGUUGCGAAGCUUGCUAUCUGCCCAUGGUGUGAAUCCAAGCAUGAUUACUGUCUACAUAGAUGGAUACUUUGAGAUUCCACUCGAAGUUGCUAAAUUGUUUGGUAUAAGGGGCAUACAACACACACCCAUAGGCAUCAAGAAUGCCAGGAUAUCUCAGCAUUAUAAAGCAAGUCUUACUGCAACAUUUAAUUUAUACCCAGAUGCCAAAUAUGCAAUUAUAUUAGAAGAGGACUUAGAUGUUUCUCCAGAUAUAUUCAGUUAUUUUAGUCAGACCCUCCCCUUGUUAGCUGAGGAUGAGUCAUUGUAUUGCAUCUCAGCUUGGAAUGACCAGGGAUAUGAGCACUCCUGCAAAGAUGCAUCUCAGUUAUAUAGAGUGGAAACUAUGCCUGGCCUAGGAUGGGUGCUCAAAAGAAGUCUCUACAAAGAUGAGCUAGAACCAAACUGGCCAACUGCUGAAAAACUUUGGGAUUGGGACAUGUGGAUGAGAUUGAACGAAAACCGCAAAGAUCGGGAGUGCAUCAUUCCUGAUAUUUCUCGUACAUUUCACUUUGGUGCCACAGGAGUCAAUAUGAACUCUUACUUCCAAGAUCUUUAUUUUAAGAAACAUUCAAUCAACACAUUACCUCAUGUUCGAUUAAAAAAUGUGGAGAGUUUGAAGAAGGAUAAUUAUGAAGAAUUAGUCAAUACAGCUAUAGCUGGGGCCACCUUACUGGACCAUAGUAAAUCUCCUUGUGAAGAAAGCUUCAUACCUGACACUUCAGAUGUCACAUAUGUUAUGUAUAUAAAAAUGAAUUCAAUGAAUGAUGAUAAUUGGAAGCAACUUGCCAAGUGCUUCAAGCUAUGGGACCUUGAUGUUAGAGGAUUCCAUAAGGGCAUGUGGCGGCUGUAUAUGAAAGGGAACCCUCUGUAUAUUGUCUCAGUGCCUAUCUCACCAUAUGCAAAGUACAAACCUGCUGAUGUUACUCCUUUAUAUCUCCCUGCUCCAACAAAACCUCAAGACUCCAAAGGCAACAAGAGGUAGCAAAAUUCAAAUGAGCUGAUAUGGCCUUAUUCAAAAAAGUAGCUGAACCUGUAUUUUAUAGACACCCAGUAGAUAAACAAAAGGAAGCACAAUAUGGAGUAGACUUAAUUGACACCCUGUAGAUAAAAAAAUAGACUUGUAGGAGACACCCUGUAAGUCAGCAAAAUAUAGCAGAAUUAAGAAGAGACUCUAUGAAGAGCUGUAGAUCUGAACCAUUGUAUUUGUACCAUAUUUGAAAAUAGGGCUACUUUGCUGAGAGGAAAACAGUAGCUUACUGGUGUACUCAAGAAUUACAAUGUUAACUGGCAUAUUUCGAUUAACCUUAAUCUUCAAAUUACAGAACAUUGACACAAGGAAAGUAAUUGAAGUUUUGCAUGGGAAAUGAAACGAAAUCCUGAGGUUUCAACAUUGCAUAUGUAUUUUGAUAUAUAGAUGAUGCUUGAUUGAAAUUGAGAGGACAAAACAACGAGGACAAACCAGAUUGGUGUCUUGUUUUUGUUUUAUUUUUUCAUACUUCUAAAACACUCGACUAGCUCAGUGCUCAAUUUUUCUUGAUCAUUGUUGAAAUUAUACUUUGAUUGUUUACACUUACAGGCUGAAUGCUUGAGAUAUGAAUGAAAUGGUCAAAUUGCCUGAAAUCAAAAUGAAACAAGAGAUUAUUAAGGUGAAUUGAUUGAAAUGUUUGAAAUGGCGGAACAGGCGCAAACAGGGAACUGUGAGCUUAUUUUCUACAAUGAAAUGCUUAAAUAAGCUUUUCUCGUCAACUGUUUCAAAAGUAGAUCCCAUAUGUUUUUUUCUGCAAAAUAUUGAAAUUGGCCAUUCUGUGAAUAUGUUUGAGAGAUGGUUGAAACUAUCAGAAUACAUGUAGUUGAAAUAAUACAAGCAUUUAAAUAUUUCUUAGUUUAUACAUUGUCUUGUUUCAAUAGUAAAUAAAGCAUAUGGUCACCAAAAUGUACCACCAGAAUUUAUAUUUCUAAUUAUACUCUUUUAUAGAUGACUUACUAAAUGUAAUAAAAUGGUUUAUAAUAUUUUCAUUAUGAAUAACGAACUGAAUAGGGGCUAUGGUAGCCAUUGGAUGAUUCUUCAUUCACUCAUUCACAUGUAGAUUGGAUUUUGAGAAAUCCUGAAUAUUUUUUAAAAUAGAAAAUGUUAGUUGAAAAUGAUAAUGCCAGAUUUAUCACAGUAUUAGAUUUGUGAGCUUGAUCAGUCUCAUUGGUCAGUAUCAGGUAGAAGGUAACGACUGUUGCCUUCUCUUUCAAAAUGGUGGAUGGUAAAUGUUGACAUCGAUAUUUCAGUUUUUUAGUAAAUUGUACCACUUUGUCAUGGACAUUCGGAAUUGAAAUUUCCCGUUUGACAUAGAAACUCCACAAUCUGAUAAAUAUGUUCUAUAUCAUAUGUGGAUGCCACAAUCCAAUGAUGUAUGUUUUACUGCUUUGUUAUUGUUGGAUCGCUGUGUCUACAUGUGAUGUGGGUUCCAUUUAGCAUAUUGUGGAAUUUAUAGUAAGAUGUGGUUGAAAUACGAGAGCCAAAUGUCCAUAGUCAAAUUCAUUGAAUGAAAACUGGAAAUAUU